UAACGAUAAUAAUAAUAAUAAAACAGUAAUAGUAAUAAUAAGCACAGAGAGAGAGAAUAACAGGAUCCAAGAGAAACAUGUGAUGCACAACCCCAUUACUCACCACCCAGUGACUGAUGCCCAGCACAUCCCCAGGCAUUCAUCAGCCCCUUCCAGUUAAAUCCCCCAGUUAUAUUCUGGGCAUGAUAUUCUGUGGCAUGGAAUAUCCCUCUGGCUAGUUUGGACCAGUUGUUCUGGCCAUGCUCCCUCCUGGAUUCCUGUCCAUCUCCUCAGUGGCAGAACAUGAGCAACAGAAAAGUCCUUGUCUUGGAGUAAGCCACUACUUAACAACAGCUCAGACAAGUCUGUUUGUUAGCAUUAUUAGCAUUAGCAUUAUUAGCAUUAUUCUCAUACUAAGUCCAACACUGUGCUGGCUACUAUGAAGAAAAUUAACGCAGUCCUAGACAGAAUCAGGACAGCAGUUGUUUGCUUCCUCCCCCUCCCCUGCUUCUGACAACUCAGCACACAUGGAACUUGACGACAUCACAGACCUUGGAAUGUUGGUGGUUCCAGGUGUCCCCAGAGCCAGAGGUUUGUGGCUCUCCUCUCCUCUCCCUCCUGAACACCUCCUGAUCCUGGUGUUCUGAACAGAGGGAUUUUGGUGGCCACAACAAGCACUGCUGAAGCUGCAGAAGGUGGCACACUGCUUGUCAGUGUCAACAGCCUGCAUGGCCUGCACUCCAGGAACACAAUUUGGAUUCUCCUGCUUACUGCAGCUGAGAGCAUCCUGAAAAAUGUCGAAGCCAUUUCGCAUCUUUGGGCUAAUGAUGAUGGUCUACCCAGAAUCUCAGGGUUUGCAAGGUGAUGAUGACAAUGAUGGUGGUGAUGAUGACAGCAAAGAAUCAGGGAACUCCUGUCAUUCUGAUGUUCCUUCACCCUUGUGCAAGAGCAGCGACAGCACAGAUGAAAAUAAGACAGAGGAUCUGGGAGAACCAACAUUUUUCGUAACUCCUGGGGACUCUUACAUGGUGAAAGAUAAACAGGUGGGGUUGGCCAAGCAUGCAGUGGAGCUUGAGAAGGAAGAUCAGGAGCUUCAGGAGCCAUUUUACAAAGACAUGGGAAUAUCUGGCAGAUUGGAUGGAGAUGAGGAGCCCAGCCCAACCUACCACCUUCCUGGGCAUCAGCGGUUGCCUGCCCCCCAAAAGGCUGGUACAGCACCAAGUGGCUUCCAUGACUCUUUCCAGCACAGCUCAGGCCAGCACUUGGGGACAGAGGCCGCUGCCACACAGGCCCAUGCCAGUGACCAUUUUGUGGGACACCCAGAGAGCACCACGGGAGCGGAGCCCCACGUGCUGCACGGGGAGGACGGCGAGGACAGACAGUCCCUGUCCCUGCAGCCAACCUACAACUUGCUGUGGCAGGAGAACAGCAUGCUCAGGUCGGAGAACGAAAUGUUCAGGAGCGCAAACAUCAUGCUCGCAGCGGAGAACUUCACACUCAGGCAGGCGUUCAAAGAGCUCACGAAGGACAGGGCUGUGUUCAUGGCCGAGGACGUGGUGCUCAGGGAGGAAUACGACGUGCUCAGGGAGCAGUAUGACAGGCUCGGGGGUGAGAAUGAUGCACUCAGGAAGGACAAUGUCAUGGUCAGGAGAAUGUUCCAGACCUUCCAGAACAACUUGAAGAGACAGGUGUGCAUGGUGGCGAGCCUGCAGGAUCAGCUGAAGGCCAGCCAGGCUGAGCGGGAGAGGGAAGUCCAAGAGCUCCAAUCCUUAGUCCAGGAGACUGAAUGUCAUCUUCAGAUAAUGACCCAGCGGGCUCUGAAUGCUGAAACAAACAUGGAGAGGCUGAAGCAGAAGAUCUUUAUUCUCCAAGGACAGCUGGAGAGAUGCAAGCUGGGGAAUGAAAACCUGAGAACAGACUGGUCAGAAGCAGUGAAACAGAACUUAUACUUCACCAGGCAAAACCCCCACGAGCUCAUAAUGGGCAAAGAUGCCUCCCUCAGGUAGUUCCUGCCUCAGAAAUGCUGCCCAUUGUUACUGAGGUCCUCGAAUCCACCAGAAAAAUUCUCAAAUUUUAAGCAGAGAAAGA